AUGAAUCGUAGAAGUUUCCACAUGGCACCUAAAUUAUCCAAAAUCUUUCCUGAAUCCUGUCUCCUUAUUUUCGUUGGAGUGUUGAUAGGCGCCUUACUUCUAAGCACUCAUAGCGUUCACGUACAACCCCUAACUCCUGACACCUUCUUCCUGUACAUGCUCCCACCAAUUAUCUUGGAUGCCGGUUAUUUCAUGCCCAACAGGCUGUUCUUCGACCACCUCGGGACUAUACUUUUGUUUGCUGUGGUGGGGACCGUUUUCAAUACGUUGACUAUUGGUUUAUCCCUAUGGGCAUGUGGACAAACUGGCAUGUUUGCUUUUCAAACCCCCCUACUGGAUAUGUUACUAUUUGGAGCUUUAAUAUCGGCUGUGGACCCGGUCGCAGUGUUGGCGGUGUUUGAAGAAAUUCACGUAGAUGAAAUUUUGUAUAUAGUAGUGUUUGGAGAGUCUCUUCUGAACGAUGCAGUGACUGUCGUUUUGUACCACAUGUUUGAAGCUUACACGGAAAUGGGACCAUCAAAAUUGGUAUACACAGAUUUUCUAGCCGGUUUCGGAUCGUUCAUUGUUGUGGCGUUCGGAGGUACAUGUAUUGGUGUGAUUUGGGGUUUCGCCACCGGUCUAGUGACCCGGUUUACGCAUGAAGUCCGAGUGAUAGAGCCGAUUUUCAUCUUCGUUAUGGCGUAUUUAGCUUACCUUAACGCUGAAAUGUUUCACAUGAGCGGAAUUCUUGCGAUAACGUUCUGCGGCAUAACAAUGAAAAACUACGUAGAGGCUAACAUAUCGCACAAAUCCCAUACAACUAUAAAAUAUACGAUGAAAAUGUUGUCAUCAUCUUCGGAGACUAUAAUUUUCAUGUUCCUUGGUGUUGCCACUGUUAAUAAUAAUCACGUUUGGAACACUUGGUUUGUUCUAUUGACCAUUGUUUUCUGUUCGGUAUUUCGUAUUAUAGGUGUAUAUAUAUUAAGCGCUGUAGCAAAUAAAUUCAGAUUGCACAAAUUGAAAACUGUUGAGAAGUUUGUUAUGUCUUAUGGAGGUCUCAGAGGUGCGGUCGCCUUCGCAUUGGUGCUAUUAAUAGACCCAAAAGUGGUGAAGUUACAGCCCAUGUUCGUCACGACUACGAUAGCCGUGAUUUACUUCACUGUUUUCAUCCAGGGCAUCACGAUAAAACCCUUGGUCAAAAUACUGAACGUUAAGACUGUUGAGAAGCGCAAACCGACCAUGAACGAAAGAAUCCAUGAAAGGUUCAUGGACCAUCUCAUGGCUGGCAUCGAAGAUAUUUUAGGGAAACAUGGCAACCACCACAUCAGGGAUAAGUUUAAGCGAUUCGACAAUCGCUUUAUACGGCCAUUUUUAUUAAGGAAUUAUCAGGGUGCGGAGCCAAAAAUUCUGGAAACGUAUUCCAAGCUGGCCAUGAGAGACGCAAUAGAGUAUAUGCAGAGAAAUGCGUCGACUAUCGGUAACAUUUCCGGAGCUGAGUCUAUGUCAGCUAUAUUUAAAAACUAUACAAAUGCCAACUUAAACGGAAGCCCGAGUUUCAGUCAAUUAGAUUCGUCUACAUGGAAUAUCGAUAUGCAGGAGCUAGAAUACAAUCCGUCCAAAAAGGAUCUAACAGAUGCGAGGAUACAUCACCUUCUAGCUGAAGAAUUGUGUAAACCUUAUAGGCGGCAUCGACGCUUGAGCUACAGCCGACACGCUGUGAAUGAUAAAGACUUGGGGAUGCAAGUCAACUAUAAGACGCACAUGAAUAUUCGGCGGUUGGUCGGAGACAGGAAGCAUCAUCACAAACGCAGUAAGCGUGGGAAACAGGAUGGCAAGAACCAUGUUUCCUUCCCCGAAUUCCAGCAAAAUGGUUCGGCCAAACAGUUCACGCACGACUACAUCGAUGAAGUGUUGCAAGAGGAUGACGAGGUGCCGCGUCGGGAAAACGAUGAUGGUGGUAUAACCUUCACUGCCAAAUCACCACCUGGAUACAAGGAAAUCAGUCCGACGUCUUCGCAUAAGGAAAACAGUAGUUCUCUCCUGAACCAGCUGGCAAACUUGCCUGGCUUUAACCCCCUGAAGGCGAGGAUCGUUAAGCAAUACGCUAAAACGCCAGAAGAAAUUCUGCCAACGGCUGUUGAAAAAUCUUUACCGUGGAGAAGAGAUAGAUCCACGUAUAACUUUGUACCUAAUGAGGAUAUUCUUGAAGAAGAUGAAAGAAGAAUGUCAGAUGACAAUGAUACGUACAUGACGGUAGCGGAACAAGCCCGUGUUGCUACCCCAACAGCUACAGAGACCAUGUUGCCAUGGAAACGGGACGAUAUUGAGGGUAGUGGCGCGCUAAAGCAAUCGGAGUUUCCCGCGUGGGCAUCAAACAAAGAGUACCUCGCUUAUAGCUCCCCUUCUGCAACAUUUUUAGGUGGUAUAGAAAAGCCAAAACAUCCGAAAUCUAUCAUAGGUUUGUUCCGAAGAGAGAGUUCUGGUUCAACCCAAGGUGGCGGUGAAGUUAUUAUGUCAGAUUCCGAGGGAAAAGCCGACUCGUUGAUGGGUGAAAGUUCAUCCAAGGGCGAAUCGUCAACUGGACCAAAGCUUGGACCAAGUUUACUUUCUAAAAGGAGUACUAGUCUUGGUGGACCAACUGUACUUUUGAUGGAGGAUGUCGCCCAUUCAGAUCCUUUGGGGGCUUCAUCUCGACCUGCUAGUAUCAUGCAAGGGCCGCAUCGCGGACAAUGUAGGAGAGGGUCAAUGCUGGAACUAACUGGAUCUUUGUCUCGGAGUGCUAUAACCGAAGAGAAAUGCAGUAAAUCGUUACCAGAGAGCGAACGUAUGGGGGUACGCCGCUUAGCACUCGGCCAGCAAAGUUUACCACGAGAUACUUUCAGCCGACAACACACCCUCACUUCAAACCUGACCAGUUCAUCGUCAGACGACUCCUCUGAUGAAAAUACCUGA